AUGGAGCUUGUUGUCACGAGAGACGGUUUCGGUGACUCCGAACAGAGCACGCCGCUCACCGCGGUGCGUCCAGACACUACCUGUAACGAGGACGUUGACGAGGUCACUGGCCAGGUAGGGCCAGCUCCUGCGAGCGAACCAGAAAAGUUUUGGGUACAUCUAGGCCAGCUCCUCGGAGCCUUUGGAAGUUUUAGAGUUUUAACUGAAUUUUUGCACCGGUUUCUGGAGGCCGAGGCCUCCAUCGCCGGAACCGCAUCACAUAGCACUAGCGCACCAUGUUCGUGCACUGAGGCAGUACGUUCGGCAGGACAGCACGCAUCUUCGCAAUCGUGUUGUAUGCAUGGAACUGGAUCUCGGUUUAGAAUGUCGCUACGAAGGUACAGAAACUGGCUUGUGCCGCUCACUGCUUGCGAUCUUGAAAACGAGUUGGACGCAAUAUCCCCCGAGCCAGCGGCAGCGCGCCUGGGGAACACGGCUCCUUUGUAUAGUGCAGGUCAAGAGAACCCAUCCGCUCAGAUAUCCGAUGUUUUUAUACAGAAAAAGGCUCGUAACCGAUAUUUGCAGUGGGUUCGCUUACGUGCUUGGCUUCAAGAAAGGCUCAUAUCGUGUGCGCAUAUGCGUUUGCCUUCCUUUGCGCCGCGGUGGAGCGAAUUCUCGAUGGAAAACUUGCCUUCUUUUGAGAACAUUCGAAAGAGCUUGUUUUUAAUGAAUUGGCGGUGCAUGUGGAGUUCAUUACCUGAGUCAGCGGUUACCGUUGGCACGCGCCGACCUGCAGAUCACCGGGACUCGCUUAUCUUCACCUGCUGGUUCAGCAAAAAGGAUACGAUUACCGAGAAAUCCUGCAGGAAGAAACGACUUUGGUCGAGUAGGUUGCUGUGGAGAGCGCAAACUACAAACGAUGGAUUCACUCGUAUCCAUGGUGCGACGAGGAGCUCGCGAUGUUCUGCUUCGGAAUCAGUACCAAAAUCCGCUGAGCUGGACAGGGAUGCGAAUACGAGCGAACGCAUGUGCGAUGGCGAUCCCACACCUCCACAACCUGCAUCGGUAGCCAUGCAUUCUUCACCACAGGUGCAGCACGAACAGGAGGAUGCACGACAGCUGCGGUGGCUGUAUCGCUUGCCAUGGACACAGAGAAAAUGGAUAUGGUGCGAAACGGAUGAGAGCACGCACCCUGGAGCAGAGGGCUCUCGUGCCACCGGAAACAACCAGAAUGCACGCAGCAUCGAGACAUGGCGAGUGCUGGAUAGCCUUUCUCUCGAUCUGAAUCGCGUCUCAAGUUGGCUGACAGCACGUCGCUUAUCUUCGACUUUUGAGGAGUGGGAUGCGGACGAGGAGCCGCCACUGGAUCCAUCUGCUCCCCUAAUCAUUUCAGCAGCGCGGAGUUCAACUGCAGAAGACGACAGCCCGCGCUUUAACUUGUUGCACGGGGUCACGGAGACAGCAGCAGAUACGCAGGAAUCAAUACAAGCAGACACGCAACUGGACGCUGCGAAUCAUCACCAGGGAAACUCGCCGGGAUCGUUGCGCAGCGCCUCAGCGGGGCAAUCGCGAAUGCGCAUGGAAUUCACGAGCGACGAACAUACUGUAUUUCAGGACGAUUCCUCGGCGAGCGGAUCCAGGGUGCCUAGGCACUUGCGGGAACCCAUUCAGCGGCUUACAAUGAAUCUGCACUUUCUAUUGGAUAACCCGCACCUGAACGUAGCCCCGUAUGAACGCCUUGCGAACAUGGGUAGCUCUAGUUUUGACGACCUCUCCGCACUGGAUCACGCUCAACGCCAUCUGGGAAACGUGGAGAAUCUGCGGACCCACAGCGGACUCGACCCUGAGACCAUCGAGAGAUACACGCUCGUCGGCUCUGUAACCGAAGAGGGAAUCCCAGUCAUCGGGACCUUGAAUCCGGGGCCGCUAGACCUAGAACACUCCUCUACAUGGAACUCGAAUGAUGACUCAGGUGCUGACAAUGCAAAUCAGGUAACUAGAAUGGCAUCAGACGCCGCUCGCGUUAGCGCUCCCGGCGAAUGCUGCUGCGUCGUCUGUCUGGAGCCAAUGCGCCGAGCGGAGAUAGUUCGAAUUCUGCCGUGCUGCCAUUUUUAUCACAAAGAUUGUGUGGAUCGCUGGCUCCAACGGCAUAAGCGGUGCCCCGUUUGCAAUGGUGACAUCGAACAGCUAGCGCUCGCUUUCUCUGAUCCGAGUGCCGGCUGCGACAGCGGCACGCAGGGCGCCAACGGAUCAGCGCGGGUGGCUAUCCGCGGAGGCCAUGCGGCGUCCCGUCGUGAUCGACUGAGGCGGCGCUACCGUGCUGGGGAUCGAGCUCCGAGUCCUGCGCUCUUUUUUCCGAACGAGGACCCGCUGGAUCUCAUUGAAGCAGAUGGCGCCUGGUGGGACUGGUUCCAAGGCCCAGCGCCGCACGAGCUUGAAUGA